CUUCUGGACUCAUGUCACUAUCCCUCAGGAGCCCAAUUUACUGACCCCCGGUCAUGAGCUCUUCGAGCGGUCUCCGAUAGCAAGGUGGUGGUAUAUGGGUUAGGUCUCAACCAAAUUCUCGACCACACCGUAUUGACCGACGCCAUACGCAAGUUUAUCAUCUGGGACCAGGACUGGAAUCCCUCUCCUACAUUCAAUGUGCCCCCGUUUGACGAUUUACCUACCUCCGCUGUGCGAGUUCCCCAACUACAACUACAACUACAACAACUACUACUACUGCUGCUGCUGCUGCUGCUGCUAUUGCUGCCGAUGGAGCUCACAGCAAGAUCCGAACGAACGUCCGACCAGACGAUCCGCUCAAGUAUAUUGGGUUGAUGAUGGGUGGUGUGGUGGAAUUCCCAGAGGGAUAAAUUCCCGCCCAGAUCCAAGAUCGUUGGGGAAUGGUCCUUACCGACCAGAAGGUGUCCUGCUUCGUGUCGCCUGCAGGCUCGCACAGCUUUCACUGGGGUCUCAGCUUGCGCGAAACGGACCCUCGACACUCUCCCAACACUUGGUCUGAUGAAGUGGUUCAGGACCUGAAAGAAGAAGCCCCCCAGCGAGGCAGGAGCAUGGCAGAGCCCUUUGCGAUGAUAUUAAAGGAGCCACUAUGUUCCUAAUGCCCGGCAUGGAUAAGGAACCAAUGCCUUGCGAACCUUUCCAUGGGAUCAUUUACAUCGGCGACAGCAACCACUGGCAGGUAACGGGGCCAAUGUCGCGCUCAUGGAUGGCUAUAGCCUGCACAUCAAAGUGCGUACCUCCUCUACCCCCAUUUCAUUCCCCAAAACGACAGAUCCUCCCUCUCCACGACCGUCCCCGUCUCCUCGACCUGAUUCUAAUGACAACCUCGGAAAGUCCGACAAAACAUUAAGUAUGAUAGGGUUACGGGCGGAAACCUCCCGAGCAGGCCGACCCACAAAUCGGAAGAGAUGGCAGAUACCCGCGAUCCAUGGGGCGACCCACCACAAGGCUAGUACAAGUACGGAGUACAGUAUCCGCACAGGUAAAACGCCAGGCAGA